AUGGAGACCUAUGAGAGUGUUCUACUUGUCAAAUCCGAGGUAUUUGUAUUUAAAAUACCACCACGUACUACCAACCGAGCCUACAGGGCGGCAGACUGGAACCUAGAGGAGCCACAAUGGACGGGCCGCAUGCGACUGGUCGCUAAAGGCAAGGAAUGUGUUCUCAAACUGGAGGACAAAACAUCUGGUGAACUUUUCGCCAAGUGUCCAAUCCCCGACUACCCCGGCCCAGCAGUCGAAGCUGUUUCCGACUCCUCCAGAUACUUUGUGCUGAGAAUUCAGGAUGAUAACGGCCGAAACGCGUUUAUUGGAGUCGGUUUUCAGGAUCGAUCGGACAGUUUCGAUUUGAACGUGGCGCUGCAGGACCACUUCAAGUGGGUGAAAAAGUCGGCAGAAAUCGAGAAAGAGAAGGAGGAGCCCAAACAGCAGUUGGAUUUGCGUUUCAAGGAAGGAGAAACCAUCAAAAUCAACAUGAAAAUCACGAAAAAAGACGGACGCAGCGAAGUGUCGUCCAGUAAACCCAAGGCGGCCGCUCGACCCGGAGGAGCGGCACAGGGUUUCUUGCCACCUCCGCCCGGGGGCCUCAAAAUUGCGCCACCUCCGGCGCCAUCUGUACACAGUUCGCCGCAACAUCAGGCCAACGCCAAGGGUGGCCAGGAGUCGUGGGGCGAGUUCACCAGUGCGGGAGGUCAGGGAGAGACAAGUUCUUCAUCCUCAACAGCGACCACCCAGCAGGCCACAACACCCAGUAACCCCAACUGGGUCCAGUUUUAGAAGAAAAACUUGAAAAUUCGAAAAUUUUCAAGAUCUACGGUAAAAUUACGUGUUUCGCAUAACUAUAUUAUACUUCUGUUAUACACUAGAGCAUAGAGAAAAGAUAGCAUAAGAAGAUAUCCCAUGGUUUGUAGAACUCAUUCAAAAUUUGCAAGUUUUGUAUCAAAUUAUGGUGUUGUGUAUCAAGUUUAGAUCGUACUGUAUCAUAUUGUGGCGAUAUCAAAUUAUUGUCUUGUGUAACAAGUUGAGAUGAUACUGUAUCAAAUUGUGGCGAUACUGUAUCAUUUAUGGUCAUAUCAAAUUGUUGUGUUGUGUAUCAAGUUGAGAUAAUACUGUAUCCUAUUUUCUUGAUACUGUAUCA